GCGGUGACUGCUCUGGCGUUUUUUGGCGCAAGUAGUCGUUUGUAGGCGAUUGUGGUGGUCAUGUUUCUGGCUUUUGUGCGGCGAAGAAGCACUGCCCAGCGGUAGAGAAGAGCGUUCGCCCGGAAAAUGCAGGUAGCCUCCGGAUGAGCCAAACGCAGAGCCACCAGCAACUUAGUGUUUAGUGUUGUGUCGUGCGAUCCGGUGCGAGUGAGCUGUUCCGGUCGGUGCGUGUGGAUACCGGUUUGGUGCGGGCACAACAACUGGUGUAAGUGUUUCCGGUUCGAGCCAGCAGCCGCCGCCGCCGAGGCCGCACGUCGAAGUACGGGGGCCGCCGUGGAAAGCGUACGGGAGCAGUUGCGGGCGGGCAGGAAGCAGUUUCGCAGAGAUCGUCGCACCCGCAGCGGGGCCGAAGGACUUCCAAAGUGUAUCAUCACCGUGCAGGACACCAGCGUCGACGUCGGCGUCGGGGCAGGAGGAGAGGACACGGCAGUGGCAACGGCAACGCAGGAAGGCGGCGCCGGAAGUGGCAACCGACCCCGGAGAAGGUGGAGACGGUGCAAGCUGGCGACGGGGGCGAGACGCGGUGCGAACCAAACUACUAUGCUCAAGUAUCUGACGCACAAGCUUCGCACGCAAUCAAUCAACGAUGAGAAUCAUGCCAACGAGAAGAUUGACGGCCAUGACUCGGGCACCGAGUCGGACGGCGACCUGGAGCAGGAGGACGACCUGAUACAGGAGCACGAGAUGGAGCUAAGCUUAAGCUCCCGGCAGGACACCGCCUCGCCGACCGAUACGGCCUGUUCCUCCGAAUCGCCCGCCUUUCUGGGACCCUCCUCGUCGCACCUGCUGUUGUACGACCAGAACAGCUCCGAGGAGGAGCUGGAAGUGAUCAACGGUGGAGCGGGCAGUUGUGAUAUCGAAGUUGGCAGUGUCAGCGGAGUGCCCAGCCGGAUAGGAGACGCAAAUGGGGGCGGUGUGAUCCACGGUGGUAUCGGUAUCGCGGUCAUCGAUCCACACGGCGGAACCGGUGUGGACGAGGAUGAUGACGAAGACGAUCGGACCGAGGAGAUCCUCGCGGAUGGUGACGAUGACGAGGAGCCAGAUGAAGAGGAGGAGGAGGAAGAUGAUGAAGAAGAGGAGGACGACUACCGAGAGGCACCAGGGACGGCGAGCAGGAGCACACCGACGGCGAUGGCAACGGCAACGACAAUCAUCGGAAGUGCCGUCGGUGCCAUGGACACGAGCAGCAGCAACAGUAGCAGCACCAUUCGCGGCCAGUUUGUGCCGGUGGGUGGCGGUGCGGCGGGUGACGAGGUGUCACAGGAAGGAAUGUUUGACCGCAGCGAGUCGGUGGAUGAUUUCUCCGACGAGCUGUCCGCUUUGACGGGGAAGGUUUCGAGUGUACCGGCAGCGGUGAGCAAGUUGAAUUCGGCCACCGGCAAACGGUUCACCAGUGUGGGCAGUUUGCUUGAGAAACGGAAACGCUCACUGGCGCACAAUUCGGAUGAUGAGGUUCGCUACCUUCUCGAGCAGCAACAGCAGCUGCAGACUCCACUGCAAGCCCAUCAUCAGCAUUCACAUCAACAUCACCACCAUCAUCAUCAUCAUACGGCGCUGCGGCAACAGCACCCGCACCAGCCGGAACAGCACCCGGAGGAUGCGCUACUCUCAGCGCCAGUCAAUUUCCGCACGUCACCACCUCUAGAAGCUUUAAAACCACACCGUGGCCAUAUUAUACAACGCUCGACGACUCCGCUAGUACUGAUCGAGGGUGGCGGAGCAACGGGUGUUAGUACCACCGGCGGAACCGGACUGCUGCUGUCGGCCGGCGCCGGUAACAGUGGAUUCUACGGAACCGGCAGUGGCGUUGGUGGUGGUGGUAUCGGCGGCGUCGGUGGCCUUCGAUUCGGUCUCGGCCGACGCCCCAUUGGCUGUGAUAGUCCUUUGUCCGCUGCUGCUGCGGGCCACCGGAACAGCACCAAUCAACCAACACACGGUGGCUGCAGCGGCUCGGCGGGAUCCGGUCUUAGUACAACCACAUCCGCACAACAUCGCACAUCAUCAUCCUCGACGGCGUCGUCAUCCCUGUCAUCAUCGUCGUCGCUGGCACGGCUCGGUGGAGGCGCUGGUGGAACCACCGGUAGUCCCUCGCUUGACGUGUGCAGCUCUUCCUCCCUCGUAACCAACAUGGACGUCAGCCGAUCCGUGAGUCCGCCGGCCAAAAUGUUCCACUGUGCCGUUUCACCCCGGCGGCGACAACCUCGCCACCACCAGCAGCAUCAGCGACUGCAGCGACCCCACAGGCCGUGUUUAGAUUUCGAUAAAAUGCAACAGCUCAAAGCCCGUUCCGUGACAACCUGGCGCCACAGUAACGAACAUUCGGGUGAGCUGUCCGUUUUCUGCUGGUGAUGAUGAGUAAACCUGGCGCCGUCGUAUGGUGGCUAUCGUCAUCCAUUAUUGCGUAGGGCGCCCCUCGAGCAACAACUUCGAGCGUCGUUAGUGUUGAUGGCGGAUGCAUUUUUUAGACAAAAAGCCAUCGUCACCAAAACUACGUGCAUCACCGCUGCAGCAUCAGUGGAGUACUGCUUCUCGAGGGAAGGGCCCACCAGAGCCCGCAGACGCGCGCGAUGGCUGUGCGUGGCAUUUUAAUGAUUUGCCAUUGAAACAAAAAAGAAUCAGGAGAGGGAUGAAGUUACGACUGCAGGGUCGCAUUUUUUCGAAGUUUGUUCGUUAGUGAUCAGUGAGAUCGUUGCACUGGAAGCAGCACGGAGACAUAGUACAAGAGUUUGUUCGUAGGCCACAGACAACCAGCUUUGGGCAGGAGACCGACAAAUGGGUGAGGCAGGGCGAGGGAACGUUAUCAUCUUCAUGGCGCGUUCCAUACUACGCGACACGCUGCCUCUCCUGGGGGUUUGCGUGGCCGAAUAGUUUUGUUAGCGGAGGGCGCGGGACGGACGCCCUCGCAGUUUACGGUUAAUCCAAUCCAAUAUGUGUGUUUGUGUGUUUCGUUUUUGAUUUUAAUUUUUAGUUUUAUUAUUAUCCUACUCUUAAUGACAUUUUCAAAGCAAUUUUGUGAUUUAAUCGUUAGCAAUGGUACCAUGUAUUAAGUUUGAAGUUUGAACGUUUGUUUUCUCAACAUAACAACCUCCUCCCUCCUCCUCCGGGGAUCAAUCUGGAGUGUAUGUUUUUUGGGCCGCAUGGUAUGCGACCUGCAUAGAGUUGCAUAUGUGUCCGUUUGUGGAGGGGUGGAGGAACGAGGGGCGCAAUUUGUUGACCGCCACAUUUUGGUGGAUGUGUUAAUGUGUGUGUUAGGACUGGAAGGAAUAAAAUUUCACCAGAGCGAAUGACGAUGUUUUUCGAUGCUAGUUCUUCUCAGGGACAACACAAACAAACACGAGCGCGUGCAAGCGCGCGUACAGACAAACACACACACACGCACACAUAACAAACUUAAAGGGAAAAUCCUUAGCGGAGUGGCAAUAAUAAGGCGGGCAAAAACAAUGGCAAGUUGUUAAGCGGGUGAUGUUAGCUAUCACAGCAGCUACCAAAGAGAUCCGCGGAGAAUGAGGCGGUACCGAACAGAGCACCUGGUUUGGACACGAAGCAGAAUCAUAGUUCAACUAAGACUGGCGAGAUGGGAUGGGAAAUAAUUUCCGAUUUUGGCUCGCCAUUGGAAAUCCAAAAAACAACUCAAGCUCUGCCAUGUCACAUCCAACUACCAUUAGGAAACUGCAGGUCUUAAGUAGGUCCAACAUCAAUCAAUAGUGAGGUGAGGGAAUAUAAAUAAUACCGAAUAACAUAAAAGCAUCAAUCAACUAACGCUAAGAAACGGUCAAACGGUCGGCACCCUUUAGGACAAAUCUUACUGAAACAAACAAAUUGUGUUCGCCGAUCUGUCACUGACUGUCUGCUAGAUGCAAAUGAACCUGAAACAAACAAACAAAACUCCACACUCUCGGCCAGCUCUCAGUAAGUGCGUAGCGAAUGUGUGUAGGGUUAACUGUAGAACGUUUAAGCAAACCGAGAAGAAUAAACCAACACACAGGAGUACUAAAGAAAAAAACUGAACAACACUUAAAACGCAGUUAAACCACGUCAAUAAUAAUCACCAGCAUUUAAUAACUUACACGACAACAACAACAAGCCAUAUUACUGCCGUGAAAGAACGCAAAAAAACAACUAACACCUAGGAUCGUCGGGUUGCCCCGAGCAACCAGGUCCUGUAGGGAACCGUCAUGGGCCGUACAUUCGUUUGUAUACAUAUGUGUGUGUGUGUGUGUUGUUAUUUAAGUAAUUAUGAUAAUCGUUGUGUUUCCUGUUUCCGUUUGCUAGCGAACAAAUUCGAUUACAAAAACAAAAUCACGUCGAAUAAGCAGAGAAAGAGAGAGAAAGAGAAAAUGAAAAAGAGAUGAAAUGACACUGUUUAAGGAAAGCCAAUUUGAAAUGCGUGUCUGUUGGAACCACAAAUCGUAGUAGACAUGGCCAGAAGAGGUGACGUAAUAGUACAGAUUGCCUGACAACCACACACACACACGACAGUUAGCGAAAGGAUAUCAAAUUAGCAUUUUACAAUAAGUACUACGUACCCAUAAACAACAGUAGAAAAUAUGUUUUACCGACAUUAAGAGAAAAGAAAAGAAAAAAAGUACUAAAGCCGAAUACAAAAACACAACACUCUAGCAAUAUACAAAAUAGACAACACAAUUGGUAAUGAAGCAAACCGAAAGCGAAGACGUUUGGGAUAACGGAAAGAAAAUGGAAAAUGUUUCUUGUGUGACCUCUUGUGUUGAUUAAAAGGGAGCGAAACAGUGUGGUUUAGAGGAUGCGUGGCGUAGGAAAAGUACACGAUUUUUUGGGGGAAUAUUGCAUUCCCCGAGUAGCGCGGGACGUAAACGAUCCGAUACAUGCAGAAUCAUUCAUAUCGAUUGAAGGUUUGGAAUCUUAUUUAAUUUUCUUCAUUUUCUCCAAAAGCGACCACCGGGAACAAAAUAGAAAAGCGGCAAGCAGAAGGAAAUUUCCCAAUUUUCUCAUAUGAUGAUUAGUGCCAACCGAGGAGUAGUGGGACAAAAAUGUUUGCGAUGUGUACGAUGUAACGUUUGGUAGGGAACAUUUGGGUACUGAUAUGUGUGUCAUUGGUUUUUAGCGGUUGUGUAGCAGCGGAAGAAUAAACCAAUUUGAUUUAUUGUACAAUGAAUAGGUCGUUUGAGACUUCCGCCACAAGACUCAGUGUAAAAUCGAUGGAGAUGGAAAAGGGUAUACAGAUAGAGGGGAUUGCGAACGGUUAUAGUUUCUCUGAACUUUUAACCUCCUGGAGAAUGUCAAGCGAAAGCAAACCCUUACAUACGACAGCAUAAUCAUAGCGAAAGCAUUGUGAUGGAACUCGUACCUUGUGCGAAGUAACCAGAACCUGAUUAGAGGGACAAUGAUUAUAAGCUGGGUGGUAGUGCUGACAGCAAAUGGUAGACAGUCUGUGUGGUUUUACAAAUUUGUAUCAUAUAAGUAACGGAUAAUGCAAACAAGCAAACAAGCAAACAAACAAACAAACAAACAAAUAACAAAAUAAUUAUAAAAAAUCUAGGAAAGCAUAGAAUACCGAAUACUUCACGACGACGCAGACGUAAACGAAAACGAUGAUCGUUAAACGAGGGAGAGCUUUGUCGGCCAUCAACCCCGACGUAACAUGGUAAAGGUGUAAAAGAACGAGAAGAUAUAAGCUAUGUAUCCUUGAUGCACGGGAAAUGUAAACACUAGCAGAAGAAAUGGGAAACACCUACAGAGGACACAGGACGGAACAUUAUGGACAUAUACAGUGGUGAAAUCAUGAUAGAAAAAAAACACACAGACACACACACACAAAUACACUCAUACUUACGAAACAUAUACAGACACUCUCACCGGAAACCAACACAUGAAAAUAACAAAUUAAGCGUAAGUAAGUUAAGUAGAGAACAAAUAAUUAAUUAUUGAUAGUAAGAGGGGAUGAUAGCCUCGAAGGCGCGAGCUCCUCUCCACGGUGGUCGUCAAUGCAUGGAAGGGAACGAACGAGAAGAUCAUAUUGAUGAAAGGGAAAAUGGUACAGUGGAAAAUGCUAAUCAAAUCGAAUACAAACAGAAACACAAUCGCACACAUUAGCCUGUUUAGGUGCAGGACGUUAUAAGUGGGAGAUCAUGUAGACCGGAUGUAUCUUUGUCCGUUGGAUUCAUUUUCCCAGUUUUGCUCCAGAGGGAAUUUGGGGAAAAGUAAGAGAUUAAAUUCUAACAAACCAACCGGAAUGAAUCGUGCAACAGUAAACGACCGGUGGGGGAAGUUGGGCACGAUUCACCUUGGUGGUAACUUUCAACAAUGAACUGAAACCCGUCUCUCGAUUAGAAAAAGCCCCAAAGGGUGGAAUGGAAAAGGGUACGUUAGAAAAUCAUUCUUCGGAGCGCUGUGUAAAUAUAUAAAAUUGAGAGGAUAAAAGUAGUUGUGGGAGCCGUAUCCGCAACGUUGGACGGUGGAAACAAAAAAAAACAAUGUGCAUUUUGAAAUGAAUUUUUGUAGUUUUUCACACGAAGCAGAAAAGGGAAAAAUAAACACACGCACGCCCAGGGCUAACCCGGGAGGGUUCUACGUGGCAUAUAUAUAAAUGUGUGUGUGUGUAUAAUACAAACUAAAGUAAAGUAAACAGUCACUAAAAAUUGGACAAUUUGAAAUGAUUGGUUCCGCUGUCCGAAGAGCCAAUUUAGAGUGUGUAAUAAUGAAAAGAAGACACACGAUUAUUGUUUGCGUGCUCCAUUCGGUUUGGUUUGACUCGGUUUGGGCAACGGAUUAGGCGUGAUUAGCCAAACGGUUUUGGUAGUUGGUAGCUUGUGGUAAAAUGUGCAAAAAUAAUACCGGUGACAAAAACUCAACACUCGAGGUCGGUACCUACUCUGUGGCACAGCACACACACAAAAUAUGCGAAUUUAAUUGGUAUCCUCAUCUCAAAGGAAUAGUGAUAUAAAUAUGUUUUUUUGUUUGUUAAGAAUCGUGCAUUGGAAAUGAUGCAAUUUAAGUUUUUCAAAAUUUAGUUACGAGUAAUUUGCUGAUGAACGUUAUCUCUCUCUCCAUCUCGGUUUAAAAGACACAAUCCAACGUAGAGGAUGUGAGGCAAGUAAAAUGUGCCCCACACAAUACGAGGUCACAUAAGUCGAGCAUAGACCAACCCCGUGCGGAAAAGUGGAACUGCAUGUCAAGGAUUGAAGUAAAAUAAGAAAAAUCGAAAGAGAGAAAGUAAAAGCGGGAGAGAAUUGGAGAACCAUCUGCAACAAAUAGUAGCGCAACAAAAAUGAAGCAAAAACAAAAAUAAAACAAACAUAAA